AUGGAAGUAAGGCGGCGGUUGGCGGCGGUAAUGGAGGAAAAGAAUGUGUGGGGAAGUUGUGAGACCCACCCAAAGAGAAGAGAUCGUCGGCCCUCACACAGGCGAUUGCCCAGCGCCGCCAUCCCCACUGUCGACACCGCCCAAGCUGACCUCGCUUCCAGAUUUUGGUCCUGUAUAGAUAUGCCGAUCUUCCCCAAUCCAUUUGCUUCCCUCUCACUGCUCUGUGCUCAUGAGGUCGAUAUCACUUUUGUUUUUGGAAUCGGAAUCGGUGUAGCCGUGCAGGAUAUUAAAAUACCAUCUGUUUUAUCCUUACACUGCUAUUCAAGUAUAUGGUUUAGUUGUUCAUUUCAAUUCAAGCAAUUCCCAAUAGACCCAUCAGUCGAAUUGAAUGCCAACAACUUUCAAUUUAUUCGAGAAACGAUCUGCAACGAUGAAGGCUUUGAAUGCAGAACCGAAGAGGAAUGAUUCGAUCGUUCCUUCUGUCUCUACCAUGUUUUCUCCUGAUAUCUAUAAUUACACACGAUAUUUCUAAGGUUUUAUUUGUUUUCUUUUUUUUGGUAAAUUAAUCAAUUGAUUGAUAGUUCGAUUAAUUGGUGAUAAUUCGGCCAACAAAUCUGUGAAAAAAAUUACCCUUUUGCAUAAUCCCCUAAGAGGAAUUUUUUUUUGACUUUGUAAAGGUCAAGGCUUUUGCCAUAUUAAAAUGCAAAAUUAUCAUGGAUUUUUGUCGUUCUCUUUGAUUCUAUAUCGCUGCCACAGGCUUACAACUAUUGCUUACUUUAUUGUCUGCUAAUUUCAUGUUUAUGAUUCUUUUCUCUGAAUCUCUAUCUUAGCUGUUGGAAUUUGUCAAAUACCCCAUCCGAUUAUCUCAACUUUGGUUUUAUGACAUGACUUUUCUACAACAAACACAAAUUUAUAGGUUUUAAGUGGGUGUAGGGUUGUGCUGAAACCUGUUGUCAAUGUCCCGCCAUAAAUAUUCAAGAAACCCCAGGUAUGUUGUUAGAAUUUUUUCAGGGGUAUUUUAGGAAUUUGCAUUAGUAUUGUUAUCUUAUUUUUAGGUGAUUGAAGCAGGGGACAAAAAAAUGUUUUGUAAAAACAAAAAACAAGAACAAAGGAACAAUAACAAAAGAUUUAUGUUUGGGUAAUGAUCAAGCCGUUUCACAAACUGAACAUAUUAUUUGGUGUGAUUUUUUUUUAUACAGGGAUAUGUGUGCAGGGUGUGUACCAGACUACUUUAAAGACAGAGACAAUGGAUAAAGUUUUCAUGGAAAAUAGGAGGGGUGCAAAUGUGUGAUUCCUUCAAAGGUGAUCAAGGAUUAAGAAAGCCAACAUAGAUAAUCAAUUUUGCAAAGGGUCCGUCUUUUUUUCUUAGGGCACAACCAAAGUCCCUGGUCCUCAGAUUAUUAGCACGCAUUCUGUAAUGAGGUCUGCCAUGUUUUUCUGUUGUACACAAUCUCCUGGAGGGCACAAUGUUGUUCAAAAUUCACAGACCUGAAACUAAUUUGUUACGAUUUCAUGGCUGGUCCAGGCACAAUUGCAGAAGCCAUGAUCCGAGGUCUCCCCAUCAUUGUAAACGAUUACAUUGCUGAGCAGGAAGUUGGAAAUGUACCCUAUGUAGUGGAAAAUGGAUGUGGGAAUCUUCAAAGUCACCAAAAGAGAUUGUAGAAAUUGUUGGUCAAUGGUUUGGUCCUAAAGCACAUGAACUCAAGACUAUGAUAGGGCUUGAUUUGAAUUGAUCUGAAUUUAAACUAUCACAGAUCAGUCACAAACAUCGAAUAUUAAAACACAACAUAAAUUCAAUCUGGGUACAUAUCUGUUUGUUUCCGAGAUUUUUUUUAAGAAGACUCAAAAAGGAUAGAAGAACAAGGAUAACAUGAGCAAUGGUACGCAGACAUUAGCCGGAAAAAGAAAUUUAUAGAUAAAAGCAGAUGAAAAAUCAACAUACCCACAAUGUGUAAAUGAGGCUAAUUUUCGGUGUCAUUUUCGUGUUAUACUCUGAUUUUUUCUAUGUUUUCAAAUGAUUCCUUAUUUAAUCAUUAUACUUAAAUUCUGAAUCUGUGUUUUUGUU